CAGUUGCUUGUUUGACCGCAACACUAUCCCUAAGUCCGAACAAAGCCCUUUAUCUCUCUCAUUCGAUAGCGUCGCGGAAAUUCAUUUCGACCUCUUUCACACGAUCACACUGUCUCUGAUUUCUCACUCUCACCCCUAGGAUUUUCUAUCGGAUCAUGUAGUUUUUGAUUAGUGGCUUCUUGAUUCUAAUUUUGGAUCCAAGGAGUGGUUUUUGUUUGUGGGAAAUCUGGAAUUUCGUUUUUUUCUUUUUGUUCGGGAUUGAAUCGAAAAUGACGGUGGCGUCGGAUUCUUCUCCAGAGUGUUUCAGCCGGAUGAUGGCUUCGAUGCCGGGGUUUCGGUUCCAUCCUACCGAUGAGGAACUAGUCAUGUACUAUCUGAAGAGGAAGAUGUGUAGGAGGAAGCUGAAGCUCGAUGUAAUUCGUGAAAUUGAUGUCUACAAGUGGGAUCCUGAGGAAUUGCCUGGGCAGUCAGUGCUGAAAACUGGAGAUAGGCAAUGGUUCUUUUUCAGCCCUAGAGAUAGAAAGUAUCCUAAUAGUGGCAGGACUAAUCGAGCAACAAGAUAUGGAUACUGGAAAGCAACAGGAAAAGAUCGUAACAUUACCUACAAUUCUCGGACAGUUGGGGUGAAAAAGACCCUGGUUUUCUAUAGAGGUAGAGCACCACAUGGUGAGCGAACUGAUUGGGUUAUGCAUGAGUACACAUUAGAAGAAGAAGAAGUUGCAAGAUGCCAAAAUUUUAAGGACUAUUAUGCCCUUUACAAGGUGUUCAAGAAAAGCGGACCUGGUCCUAAAAAUGGUGAACAGUAUGGUGCGCCAUUUAUAGAAGAAGAAUGGGGAGAUGAUGACUUUGUAGAUGUUAAUGUUAAUUCAGCUGAUGAGGCUCCAAUUUCACAAGUUGAUGAGGGUCCUUCUGUUCACACUGGGACUUGUAAUGGUCAAGCGCAGCCUUUGUUUGAUCUUGACCUUGAUGAGGUCUUGAAAAGAAUGAUGGAUGAGCUGGUUCCUGACCUGCCUUCACUGUGUCCUGCCUUACCUCAGGUUCCUGCUGAAGAUGUGCUCGAUCAAAUUUCAAAGGAAGUGACAAUUGCAGAGCCAAUCAAAAUGUUUCAUUCAAGCGGUCAUUGCUAUGACCCUACCCAAUCAGCUACCGCUCACAUGCAUGUUUCAGAAGCACCUGAAGUCACUUCUGCUCCCAGCGUUCAGUUAGAGGAGCCUCUCUUUCACGAGGAUGACUUCUUGGAAAUGAACGAUCUCAUUGAUCCUGAACCAGCAUUGCCAGAAAUAGAAAAUCCUGUGGAGAACAUGGAGUUUGAAGAUGGAUUAAGUGCAUUUGACUUGUUCCAUGAUGCAGAGAUGUUUCUUCGUGACAUGGGGCAUAUUGACCAGGAAACUGUUUCACAUCCUUAUGUGAAUACUUUGGAGAGUAAUGUUGUGAAUCAGCAUUAUCAAUCUCUACCCCUUGGAGGCAAUGCGGAUCAAAGUUGUGAACUCUGGAUGCGUCAUGAAAGUCACAUCAUGAGUCCAACAGAACAUGCUAAUGUUUCUUUCUCUUCGUCAACCUCAGGUGUGGUUUAUGAAUCUGCCAGCUUGCCUACUGAAGGUAACCGUAAUCAAAGUGGCAGUGUGAGACAAGUUCCUACAAGUAGACUGUCUUCUGCUCUCUGGGCCUUCCUUGAGUCAAUACCUACUACUCCUGCAUCAGCUGCAGAGAAUGCAAAUCGGGCUCUUGAGCGGGUGUCUAGCUUUAGUAGGGUGAGAGAUAAUGUGAAGCAGGCAAGCAUGGCUGCUGCCGCUGUUGCUGCAGGUAAUGAAAAUGCGAUCAUGAAGAGAGCAGGUAAAGGAAAGGGAAUCUUCCUUUUCUUGCCGGUUCUUGUUGCUUUAUGUGCCUUUUUAUGGGUUUCUAUGGGAACUUUGAGACUACUUGGGAGUUCAUUCCCUGACAUUUGAAUCUGAAUCCCUAGUUUUGCUGCUAUAUGUCGUAUGGGAUCCUCCAGAUUCAAUGAACAGACAUAUAUUGUUCUAACAUAUUUUAAUAAUUGAAAAAAAAAGAAUUUACCCUUC